AUGAGCAAUAGGAUUGGUCUCAUACAGAAGAGGGAUGGGGACUGGUGUAAAGAUGUGGAGGAAACUGGAGUUGAGAUAAUCCAAUACUUCAAAGACAUUUUUACUUUUGAAGAACCUCAGGGGAUAGAUGAUAUAUUAAAUGAUAUCCCACAGUCCAUAACCAAUGUGAAGAACAAGCAGCUUACCUCACCAGUGACUGAGCAGGAGGUUCACAGACCUGUAUUUUCUAUGCAUCCAAGCAAGUCACCUGGACCAAAUGGCAAACAAAUUUUGGAUAAUGUUCUUGUUGCUCAUGAAUGCAAUCAUUUCCUUAAUAACAAAAGAUCUGGUAAAAAGGGAUACGUGGCUAUCAAAUUAGAUAUCUUCAAAGCAUAUGACAGGAUAGAGUGGACCUUCCUAGAAAAGCUUAUAUUGAAAAUAGGGUUUUGUCAGCAGUGGGUGGGAUGGAUUAUGGAAUGUGUAUCUAGUGUUUCCUAUUCAGUGAAUAGUAAUAGGGAGAAGAAGGGCUUUAUCAAACCAAUUAGGGGACUAAGACAGGGAGAUCUUUUGUCUCCCUUCCUAUUUCUAAUUUGUGCAGAAGGCUUCUCAGCACUGUUUAAUCAGGCAGUAAGACAAGGAAAAUUGACAGACCUUCAAAUAUCUUAUGGUGGUCCUAGACUGUCUCAUCUCUUUUUUUGUAGAUAA